GAUGAAAGAACUGGAAAAUCUGAAGAGACAAAGAUGAGGCAACCAAACGUGAACAGUGGGAAGCCACCUCGCCCUGUUUCAGACUGUGGUCAGCUUUGCGAAUGGCAAAGCAUUCUCCCAAUAGAUGACUCUCCUACUACGGCAGAGUCCAAUACGAGAUCUAAAGUGUUGGCAGAUUCGACCGUUCCUGAAAAUGGACCUGGUAUCAACUCUUCGCCAGCCGCCAGGAUAAGGCUCAGAAGCAAACGUGCCCACCAAAGGCCUUUCUCCGUGAUAGAUGGAGUUUCCCUUGCUGGACAUUGUGAGAAGACCAGCAAUCUUCACCAACCAGCAACCUGCCGCCCACCACCACCGCACCAUGCUCCACCCUUCCGAGCGGUCUCCCACACCAACCGGCCACUCCACUUGUCCCAGAGCACGCCCAUUGGACUGGAUCAAGUCGGAUGGAAAAGCCGAAUAUUAGCAAUGACAGUUAAUGAUGCAGCUGGGAUGGAGAUGACAAGAAUCCAUGAAAGUACUGCAAGUAUUAAAGACUAUGUCGGGUUCUGUCGUGGUACAGGUGGGCCUCUGAAGCACGGAGCAGAACAGCUGCUGGCGAAUAAGCUGAUCAGUGGCGGUUACAUUGUCAGUGCUGAGGCAGUAUGGGAUCACGUCACAAUGGCCGGCCGUGAGUUGGCAUUCAAAGCGGGGGACGUUAUCAAAGUCCUCGAUGCCUCCAACAAGGACUGGUGGUGGGGACAGAUUGACGAUGAUGAAGGCUGGUUUCCAGCCAGUUUUGUGAGGCUUUGGGUGAACCAGGAGGACACUGUAGAUGAAGCCAGUAGUGAGAUUCAAAAUGGACACCUGGACCCAAACUCCGACUGUCUGUGUCUUGGCAGAAGUAUCCAGAACAGAGACCAGAUGAGAGCAAAUGUCAUCAACGAAAUCAUGAGCACAGAACGACACUACAUUAAGCAUCUCAAGGACAUCUGUGAGGGGUACCUAAAACAGUGCAAGAAACGCAGGGACAUGUUUAGCGAUGAACAGCUGAAAGUCAUUUUUGGAAAUAUUGAAGACAUUUAUAGAUUUCAGAUGAGUUUUGUCAGAGACCUGGAGAAGCAGUAUAACAAGGCGGAUCCUCAUAUGAGUGAAAUUGGACCUUGCUUCUUAGAGCAUCAAGAUGGAUUUUGGAUUUACUCAGAGUACUGUAAUAAUCAUCUUGACGCCUGCAUGGAGCUCUCCAAGCUGAUGAAGGAUGGCAGGUAUCAGCAUUUCUUCGAGGCCUGCCGUCUCCUGCAGCAAAUGAUCGACAUUGCCAUCGAUGGUUUUCUCCUCACUCCCGUGCAGAAGAUCUGCAAAUAUCCACUGCAGCUCGCGGAAUUACUCAAGUACACUGCGCUGGAACAUAGUGACUACAGAUACGUUGCUGCAGCUUUGGCAGUCAUGAGGAACGUGACUCAACAAAUCAAUGAGCGCAAAAGAAGGUUGGAAAGUAUAGACAAGAUGGCCCAAUGGCAAGCUUCAGUCCUCGACUGGGAGGGUGAUGAUGUUCUGGACCGGAGCUCUGAGUUGAUCUACUCUGGGGAAAUGACGUGGAUUUACCAGCCUUAUGGACGCAACCAGCAGAGGACCUUCUUCCUCUUUGACCAUCAGUUGGUCAUGUGUAAAAAGGAUUUGAUACGACGGGACAUUCUUUACUACAAAUGCAGAAUGGACAUGAACAAGUAUGAAAUGAAAGACGUCGGUGAUGGAAGAGAUGAUGAAUUUAAUGUUAAUGCCAAGAAUGCCUUCAAACUAAAGAACAAGGAGACAGAGGAAGUGCACUUAUUCUGUGUGAAGAAGCCGGAGGAAAAGCAAAGAUGGAUGCGGGCACUACAUGAGGAGAGGAGGAUGGUUCAAGAAGAUGAAAAAAUAGGGUUUGAAAUCUCGGAGUACCAGAAGAGACAAGCUGCAAUGACCGUGAGAAAGGUCAGCAAACAGAAAGGAGUGAACUACACAAGGUCAUUACCUCCCUCGUACCCAGCACCACCUGAUCCUCUCCACCAGAGGAACUUCAUGCUCACUGACGGCAUACCUCAGGGGUCAAUGUAUGAACUAACGGAGCCUAAACGCAGUCAGUCUCCCUUCUGGCAGAACUUCAGUAGGUUAACACCAUUUAAAAAGUAACAGGUCGUGUUGGUUUCGGAGGACCUUGCUCUAGACAUUUAUUCUUGGCAGUUAAAAACAAAGAGUGGACCAACAAACCAUGUUUGGAUCAUGGAUCUCGAUGACUUAAAAAACCUCUGCUGAUACCUUUCCAUGCUGAGCCUUGGUUCAAAACAACAUUUUAUCUGAUUAUUUCUUAGUGUGAUUCAGCUGUUCAUAAAGCAUACAACACGUAACAACAGAGAGUCAGGAAGGGAAACUGAAAUUCAGACUAAGCCUUCAUUGCAUUCCUUCAUUUGUGAUUCUGUGGAUCUAGAUUUUCUCCGUAGUGCACUGUAUUGCAUCUGUGUACACACAGGCACAGACAGACUUACACACUCACACUCACACACAUUCAUGCACCCAUCUUGCUUCUAAAAGCUUAUUACAUAUAAGAGUAUGAAGUGUGUUUUAUUGCUUGAUCAGUUUUACAUAAACUACUGCCGAUAUUUUAAUGACUUAUAUCACAACCAUGCUUUUGAUGAUUUAAUAUAUAACCAUGUGCUGAUGUGA